AUGCCUGUCGUCUCACGUCUAAUCUCAAUUGUCCUGCGUGUCGCAGAAAUCGCCUUUGCUGCGGUCGUCGCAGGCGUCAUCGGCUACUAUCUGCAUCAGUUCUCGCAUAUUGAUGCAUGGCCACAAGCACGGUGGAUCUACACUGAAGUCGUCGCCGGCUUAUCCAUACUACUCGGUCUCAUAUGGCUGAUACCUUUCUCUUCUGGCUUCUUCUCCUGGCCAUUUGAUGUGGUCAUUUCUUUCGCUUGGUUUGCCGCUUUCGGCAUUCUUGUCGAUGCCGUCCACAAGUUGAACUGCGGCAGUAUCUGGCGCUGGCAUUUUGACACCUACAGCACCAACUCCUGUGGUCGUUGGAAGGCUGCUGAAGCAUUCAGCUUCCUCUCCGCCAUCGUGUGGCUCGCCUCCGCUCUUGUGGGCAUGUGGUUCACCUUCCGCGUGAGGGGCGCCAACGCUGAUGGCUACUAUGGCCGUCGUCGUUUUGGCCGCUCCGCUGUCUAG